CCAGCGACACUCAGUAACCGUUCAGAGUGGAGAGCAGCGGAGCGGCGGCUACAACUCUGUCAACUCCUGUACAUUUACCCAGAGCACGGAUUCCUCCUCAGGCAGCCGCACCAGUCUCGCUUCGUUCCAAUAAGUCCAGGUGUCAGUCCGGUUUAAAGACUUCUCUGCGGAGUCCAGGUUUGGUCACAGCCAGAUUUUGUACGCAUCCGCGAGCCUCUAGUCCGGUCCCAGCUGAGUUCAUUUCAGUUUCUGGUGGAGGCCAGUCCAGCGUGUCAAGCUGGACGGAGGAGAGACGAGUGCGGCCGAGGGCCCGGCCUUCGUGCUGCGACAUAGAACUUCAAAUCUCAUAGAAAACGCCACAGAGCGCACGCCUACAGAUCCCAUGAGUCCGCGGGAGAAAGAAGACACGCCCACCUCAGGUUCUUCAACCAGUCACCUCAGCACCACAGAGUGCCCCUCACACAAUGGGAGUGUCCCAGAUGAGGAGAGACGGAUAAAUGAAGAGGACAGCAGAGGAGGAGGAGGAGAGAAAGAGCAGGAAGAGGAUGAGAGAAGCAGCGAUGAAGGUUUCAUGGGGAUGACUCCGCUGCUUCAAGCCCAUCAUGCCAUGGAGAGGAUGGAGGAGUUUGUACACAAGGUGUGGGAGGGUCGGUGGCGCGUCAUACCUCACGACGUGCUCCCGGAUUGGCUGAAGGACAACGACUUCCUGCUUCAUGGCCACAGGCCGCCCAUGCCUUCAUUUCGCGCCUGCUUCAAGAGCAUUUUUAGAAUUCACACAGAGACGGGAAACAUCUGGACACACCUGCUAGGUUGUUUGUUUUUCCUCUGUCUGGGUCUGAUGUACAUGUUCAGACCCAACAUGUCUUUCGUGGCUCCGGUCCAGGAGAAGGUGGUGAUCGGGAUGUUUUUCCUGGGAGCCAUCCUCUGCCUCUCCUUCUCCUGGCUCUUCCACACCGUCUACUGCCACUCGGAGGGCGUGUCCAGAGUCUUCUCCAAGUUGGACUACAGUGGGAUCGCCUUCCUGAUCAUGGGCUCCUUCGUGCCCUGGCUGUAUUACUCCUUCUACUGCUCCCCUCAGCCCUGCUUCAUCUACCUGAUAGUGGUGUGUACACUGGGACUGGCCGCCAUCACCGUCUCCCAGUGCGACUUCUUCGCCACUCCACAGUACAGAGGAGUCAGAGCAGGUGUGUUUGUGGGUCUGGGUCUGAGCGGUGUCGUUCCAACCCUGCACUUUGUCAUUAGCGAGGGUCUGAUCAAAGCGACCACCAUCGGUCAGAUGGGCUGGCUGCUGCUCAUGGCGACGCUCUACAUCACCGGAGCUUGUCUCUACGCCGCUCGCAUCCCUGAGAGGUUCUUCCCUGGAAAGUGUGACAUCUGGUUCCACUCCCACCAGUUGUUCCACAUUUUGGUGGUCGCCGGGGCUUUUGUUCACUUUCACGGUGUGUCCAACCUGCAGGAGUUUCGGUACACAGCAGGAGCUGGCUGCGCCGAGGACGGCACUCUCUAACGCAGAACACUGACUCACUCAUCCACUGACACACGUUUUUGGAGAGGCACUGGUUCUAAUAAUAUGCACAGAAUCACACUCGCUCCUUAAACACACACAUGAUCUCCAUCGCCCAAAACUGAAACCGAAGUGGCUUCCCGCUGUGUGUCUGUAAUACACAGGACGGCCUCCCAGGGGGCGCUAUUAAACUGACUGACGAGGGUUUUUUUUCUCUCCGUCUGUCUGUCUGUCCAUCCCCACCUUCUCUGGCUCUGUUGCUUCGAUUAUAAAACCACCUCUGUGAGUUUUAUAAAGCAGUUUUUGAGACUGUCUUAGAAGUAUCUCCUGUUGUUCGGGAGGAAGCGACAAAACCUCCCUUCAGUAAUUCUACAUUUUAUUCUAGAAUUAAUGGUUUGAUUUCAAGAGGAAGCAUAAUCGUGGCUUUAAAAGAAAAAAACAUUUUGGGGUGUUGCUUUUUUUUGUCAGAUGCUGUUUUCCAAGUCACUUUUUAGAGCAUUCAGAUGUGAAAACGUGAAAGAACUGAGUGGAAAAUGUCUUGGAUUUCUUCCUCGAUUGUGAAAGUUUGCGAGGGGGUGGGGGAUGCUGGGAAACAGGGUGGGUGAGGGGUUAAUAGUCACUUUUAAAAGUUAAAAAGAAAAACACACAAAAAAAACUUUUCCAUGUAAAUAAGAUUUCUAAAUUUUGGGUUAUAGAUUUGUAUUAAAUAUAUAUAAAAAAAUAAAAUUAAAAAAAGAUGCUAUAAAAUGAUGGCAAGAAUAAAUGAAUAUGUUAGACGAUAAAUCGAGUAAAAGGCGAGGAGGAGAGGGCUUAUAUCUACUCUUGUUCUUGCUGUGGAGGAAAUAUUCUGCGGUUGGUGCUUCAGACAACUUUAUUUAGUCCAUAAACGUGACGAUAAAAGGUGGAAUUUGAGCAGAAACAAAAGGCACAGCACCUGAAUCUUUAACAAGCUUUGAAAUUCACUGGUUUUGUCUCCAGUGUAGGUGGGAAGUGGCAACUCAAAGGGUCACUUUUCUGGUGUAAAAACCUCAAAUUACAAGCGAGGAGACGACAGAAUUACUGUCCUGGAGUCACUUUUGUGUUCAAUCUGCAGCGAUUCUUAAAUUAGACUUGCAGAUUUGUGCAAAACCAAAAUCAAAAACUAUGAAAAAGAUUAAGAUAUGUAGCGGUUCAUUUAUUUUGCUGUAAAUUGUCUGAUGUGUCUAAAAGAUAAAUUUGUAUUCCGCCAGUUUAUUUUUUCUAUAACAUGCCCUUAAAUGAUUUAUUGAAACACAUCAAGGAUAGCUAUGAUAUUUUUUAUAGUAAAAAAGGCCCCAGAGUCGAUUAUAUCAUGUUGGUAAAUCUGCAGUUACUUCAGUACAGAUGCAGUUCAUAUUCCUCCUCCUCUGGAUAAAAUUCACCUCAAUACAGAACAAGUUUAAUCUGUCUGAAGACAUGUUUAUUUUUCUUUUCUUUUUUUUUGAUUGAGUUGUAUUUUUAUUUAUCCACUGCUGUUAUCAUUAUACUUCAAGCUUUAAGUUCACUUUUUUCUUUUUCAUUGAUUUGUGUUUGCUCAGCCAGAGAUCAUCAGGUGAGGUGGGGAAAGGGCAGGAAGUUUCUUUAACCAUAAAAACAGCAAAAACAAAAACACAAAAAAAUUAAAACGACAUGAAGUUUCCUCAAACGAUCUGACAACGUUCUGAAAAAGUUCCAUCUACUUUAAGGGCUCGUGAAUAAGUCUCAGAUCCUGAGAGAUUAAUACAAGGUGAACUUUUUGCAUUUUUGUUUUCUGGCAAUACCAAAAUCUUACACCUGCACAAUGAAAACACUUAUAUAAAUAAAUACUAUAUUCUCAGCUUGUAUUUCUAUGAUUGUUUGAAAUUGCGGUUUGCUAAACAAUGAGUCGAUUGACCUGCGUGUCUUCUUUGCAUUUCGCUUUGCUUAGAAGAAGAAGAAAAAGAUCUUAUUUUCACUGUCAUUUUUCUUUUCUUUUGGCUCAUUUUCUGUUUCUAUUUUAUCUAGUUUAUAAUAAUUUAUUUCUCUUGGGGGGGCAUAUUGUCUGUUGAAGCACACGUUCCGUUCUGAUGGGAGUGUUUGAUUGCAAUAGACCUUUAUAUCUGCUGUAUUGUUCUAAUAAAAAGGUUUUUUGAAUCUGU